AUGUCUGCUAAGCUGCCGAGAUCAACUCUGCCUACCUUUCCCGUGUCAGCAUCUGGGCCAACAUCUUCUGCUCAAGCUGCUGGUCCUUCCCGGAGCAGUAAUCCAUUUCAUCGUGUGGACAUCCCGUCCCAGGUCCGAAGUGCUCCUCACGCAGCCCAUCAGAGCACCUUAUCCCAGCAAUCUAACCCGUUCCGAACACCAACGCAUACUCCUCACGCUUCGAGUUCGUCCAGUCACUUCGUAUCCUCGCCAGUCUCGCCAAUCGAUUCAACCGGUAUUGACAGCAGGUUCAGAGAAGAGGGGAACCCGAGGACGUUGGCCAGAGCUGUUCACCAGAAAGGCAGCACUGUCAACAAAAUGUCUUCGGAACCGCGUAAAUCGACCGACUUGCGAAAACUGGAUGGCAAGCCGUAUCCAGGUCACGAAGAUGAGGCUGCAGCCAAACCACGAAAAGUGAAGGUAGCUCAGGACAUGUAUGCGGGUGCUAUGCCUCCGACAUACGAGAAGCAAGAUUAUCAGUCGCCAGUAACAACCAAAGGUGGAUGUCAGAAAUGUGGUGGUCACAAGGUCUCGACUUCUGAUGCCAGCAAUGGUGUAGCCAGCCCAGAGAAGGUGCAAUCGCAACCACAGUCUCCCCCUGCCCAUGGCUGUCAAAAGUGUGGCGGACGAAAGAGUACACCUCCAAGCUCCUUCCCUCGUGCUGUUAUGGCAAACGUUCAGCCGCGUGCCCAGCCAAGAGCAGCCCCAGUACAAAGCAGUGAGGCAGGUCCAUCUGGUCAUAGGCACAAGUGCACAAAAUGUGGUAGGGCUAGACGACCUGACUCCAUCUCCACGAGUUCUUCUUCGCACCAACCUCGAUCACCACUGGCAGGACCUCCGUUAGAGCACAACGUUCCACUGCUUCAGACCAAUGGUGUUCCGAUAAUGAACAUUGAGCCUCCAACGGCAAUCACUGAGCGCGCUCCAACUCUGCCAUUCUCUCCUGCCUCUACAGUCGGCGAAACUCCACUCAUCAAGCACAACGCUAACAAUAAGCAAAAGAGGCCACAAAAUCCCAGUCGUACCAGUUCCAUUUCUUCACUAUUCCGGUCCUUGUCCCGACGCAGGAAGACGAGCGACAAUCCUCUCCCAAGUCAACAACUCGGCGAGUCGACACCUCACAAUAUAGUCGACAAAAUCAGCAACGCUCUGCACGAUUCGAAUGAUGGCUCGAAAUCGAACUAUGCUCGCCUCGGAGCCGACGAUCCUAUAGAGAGAUCAGGAAGUCCCUUCUCGUUUGUCGACAAGCCGAAAGAAGAACAAGCCUUCGAGAUGAACGACAUGCGUAAGCCCAAACAAUCAGAAGGGCAGUCUUCGUCACGUCGCAAUAGCUGGGACAAGACCAACGAGGCGACAAAUUUCCUUGAGGAUAGUGCCAUCUCCGAUCGACCAAGGUACAGUCGAAGUCAGUCCACGAAGAACCACCUCAGAUCGCAGUCAGUCCAGGAAGGCGAUGGCUUUCUUGCUCUUCCACCUGAUCAGCGCCCCGGUAUCACGAGAUUCAAGAGCUUACGACAAGGUGUAGGGCGAGCAGCCAGUGGUCUGAGCCGUUCUGCUAGCCAAAUCAGCAGGGGCUCAAGUCUGAGAAGGUUGGAGAGUGUCAAGAAGGUGCCUGAGUUCUGGUACAGAAGUGAUAUGGCUAUUGAAGGAGCUGGAAAUGAUUACAAUGAGUACGCAUACUGA